GGCUAUUCGACAUUCAAGUUUAGCGCCACCGCCCCGUCGUGUUUUGGACAACCAACUGUACUACUUGCAACAAGCAGGACUGAGACAGCGAGUGUCCAAUAAGGUACUCCAAGGAGUUGACGGCAGCCAAUGUUCAACAGCCGGAGCCCGACACACAAGACAAACACAGAGGCAUCCUCACAGCCGAGAGACCGCGCACCGACAGACGGUGCUUCUUCUUCCAUUGUUUGAUACGUACCGACGUAAAGCUGGCUUCAGGGCGAUCCAAGAUGGGAAAGGAUCUGAGGAAGCCGAAAGGCAAAAUGUCCUCAUAUGCCUACUUUGUGCAAACAUGCAGAGAGGAGCAUAAGAAGAAACAUCCUGAAGCGUCUGUCAACUUUGCAGAGUUCUCCAAGAAAUGCUCUGAGCGAUGGAAGACAAUGUCACAGAAAGAAAGAGGCAAUUUUGAAGAUAUGGCCAAACAGGACAAGGUGCGUUAUGAGAGGGAAAUGAAGAAUUAUGAUCCCCCCAAGGGCCAGAAGAGGAAGCGAUUCAAGGACCCUAAUGCCCCCAAGAGGCCACCGUCUGCAUUCUUCAUAUUCUGCGCAGACUUUCGCCCCAAGGUAAAAAGCGAGCAUCCUGGACUCACCAUUGGGGACACGGCAAAGAAGUUGGGAGAGAUGUGGAACAGCUCAUCAGCAGAGAACAAGCAGCCGUAUGAGAGGAAGGCUGCCAAGUUGAAGGAGAAAUAUGACAAGGAUAUCGUUGCUUACCGUACAAAGGGUACAGUGGAAACGGCAUCUGCUGCUGCAGCAGAUGAUGAUGACGACGAUGAAGAGGAAGAUGACGACGACGAUGAUGACGACGAUGAAUAGAUUGCCUAGGCAUGGGACCUGAAGUUUUGUUUAUGCCAUAUAACCCUAAUAUACUCCAUACACCAUCUUGAAAUAUGAGUCAGACUGACAAGAACAUGUGUAUAUUUAAUGUUUUUAAGAUGUACAGUGUUAUUUUUCUUUUUUUGUAAAGUUAACACUACAUAUCUUAAGUUUGAGAUUUUCUAGUGGUAGUUCUUUAUCCCCUGCCAUAUUAGGAGGCCUAAACAUCGAAAUGAAAGAAACUAGUCUUUAGGUGUUACAACUCACAAAUGAGAUUUCUGAGUUGGUAGUGUAUUUUUCUUCAUUUGAAAAAUAUUUUUUUAUGUGCUGUACCGAUGUCUUUUUAUUGUUCUUUGAAUACCACUCUAAUAUCAAAAACAGCUGUUGACAUUCAAGAAUGUCUUCAAUAAAGGUCGUUUUUUUUU